CGGAGCCGCCUGGCCCCUGUCUUUAGGCGGGGAGACCCCGUGCCUCUUCCUUUCGGCGGCCAUGGCGGACGGCUUCAAUAAGGUCCUCCUCCUCGAUGGCCGAGGCCAUCUCCUUGGUCGCUUGGCUGCCAUUGUGGCCAAACAGCUCUUACUAGGCCAUAAAGUGGUCGUGGUGAGAUGUGAAGGGAUCAACAUUUCUGGCAACUUUUACCGAAACAAGCUUAAAUAUCUUGCUUUUUUGCGCAAGAGGAUGAAUACUAAUCCUUCUCGUGGCCCAUAUCACUUCAGAGCACCAAGUCGGAUCUUCUGGAGGACAGUAAGAGGCAUGUUGCCACACAAGACCAAGCGAGGUCAAGCUGCCUUGGACAGACUGAAGGUCUUUGAUGGGAUUCCACCUCCAUAUGACAAGAGGAAGCGCAUGGUUGUACCAGCAGCCCUGAAGAUUGUACGUCUGAAACCAACUCGCAAGUUUGCUGUUCUUGGUCGCCUCGCUCAUGAAGUUGGUUGGAAAUACCAGGCAGUCACAGCUACUCUUGAAGAGAAGCGAAAAGAAAAGGCCAAGCUUUACUACGAGAAAAAGAAGAAAACUUUGAAACUGAAGAGAUUGGCUGAGAAGAACGUUGAAAGUAAAAUCGCCAAGUACACUGAAGUCCUGAGACAACAUGGUGUCCUUGUUUAAUAUAUUUGCUAUGGCAUUGACAAUAAAUGUAUUUUAAAAAAGAUAA